AUUUGCGCCAUUCAUUCCGAACGGCCAGCGAAUUCCUAAAUCGGCAAUCGGGAAUUCUGAAGGGCCGCCGUCUGCCAUGGCGUUCGCAGCCGUAGCUUCUCCUCCGCCCUCUCUUUCUCUCUUCCCCACCACUACCACCACCAGCAGCUGGUCGUCUAUCCACAAGCUCAAAAAUGGCUCCUACUGCGCCAAAAAACCCUACAGUCUCACAAUCAAAGCCUCACUGGAUGAGAAAACCCCUAAAUCGACCGCCGGCAAGCAGAGCUCCUGGGUUAGUCCUGACUGGCUCACUUCCCUGACCCGCUCACUAACUCUCGGUGGCAAAAAGGACGAUUCCGGCAUCCCCAUAGCCAUUGCGAAGCUCGAGGACGUCAGCGACCUCCUCGGCGGCGCUCUCUUUCUCCCUCUGUUCAAAUGGAUGAACGAGUACGGACCGAUUUACCGCCUCGCCGCCGGCCCCAGGAAUUUCGUGAUUGUUAGUGACCCGGCGAUUGCCAAACACGUUUUGAGGAAUUACGGUACUAAGUAUGCGAAAGGUCUCGUAGCCGAGGUCUCCGAGUUCCUCUUCGGGUCGGGAUUCGCCAUUGCCGAAGGCCAGCUGUGGACGGCGAGGCGGAGGGCAGUGGUUCCAUCUCUGCACAAGAGGUAUCUAUCUGUGAUUGUCGACAAGGUGUUCUGCAAAUGUGCUCAGAGAAUGGUGGACAAGCUACAAGCUGAUGCUAUGAGUGGCAAUGGUGUCAACAUGGAAGCCAAGUUCUCCCAGUUGACUCUCGAUGUAAUUGGGUUGUCGGUGUUUAACUAUAAUUUCGACGCUCUGAAUACUGAUAGCCCAGUUAUAGAUGCUGUCUACACUGCUCUGAAAGAAGCAGAAGCUCGUUCCACUGAUCUGUUGCCAUAUUGGAAGGCGAGUGUUCAUUUGGAUCUUCUUGGUAUUAAGCCUCUGUGCAAGGUAAUACCAAGACAAGUUAAAGCUGAGAGAGCUGUUACAGUUAUAAGGCAAACUGUGGAAGAGCUGAUUGCGAAGUGUAAAGAGAUUGUGGAAAGUGAGGGUGAGAGGAUAGAUGGGGAGGAAUAUGUUAAUGAUGCUGAUCCAAGCAUUCUUCGGUUUUUGCUCGCUAGCAGAGAAGAGGUUUCGAGUGAACAAUUACGAGAUGAUCUCUUAUCAAUGCUAGUUGCUGGACACGAGACAACAGGAUCAGUAUUGACCUGGACAUUGUACCUUCUGAGCAAGGACUCUUCUGCAUUGACGAAGGCACAACAAGAGGUUGAUCUAGUAUUAGAAGGAAGACCCCCUACCUAUGAAGACGUAAAGAAUCUAAAGUUUCUGAUGCUCUGCAUACUUGAGUCCAUGCGCCUCUAUCCCCAUCCUCCUGUACUAAUCAGACGAGCUGAAGUUCCUGAUGUGCUUCCAGGCGAUUACAAGGUCAAUCCUGGUCAAGACAUAAUGAUUUCAGUGUAUAAUAUCCAUCACUCCUCUAAGGUGUGGGAUAGAGCAGAAGAGUUCAUCCCAGAGAGAUUCGGCACAGAAGGUCCUUUACCAAAUGAAUCAAACACAGAUUUCAGGUUCAUUCCAUUCAGUGGAGGACCGCGUAAAUGUGUUGGCGACCAGUUUGCUUUGCUGGAAGCCAUUGUCGCCCUCUCUAUCUUUCUCCAAAACAUGAAUUUCGAGCUCGUCCCAGAUCAGAAAAUCAACAUGACAACGGGAGCAACUAUACACACCACUAACGGACUGUACAUGAAGCUCAGCCGGAGGCAAAGUAAGCUAGCAUCGUUAGCUUCAUCAUCUCCUUCACGCUGCCAAAUACGCUCGUUUUCAAAGCCAUUCGCAUUAUCCAAUCAAAUCGCCAUCUCUCUCGCGGCUUCGUUUUUCAAUAAAGGGAGAAGUUCAAGAAACGAAUUGAGAGAGAGAGAGAGAGAGAGAGAGAGAGAAGCCGCCAUGGAAGACGAGAGCUCGGAGAGCCGGAAGAAGGCCAAGCUGGCGAUAAUCGAGCUGGCCAACAUGAUCAGCGUCCCCAUGUCGCUUCACGCCGUCGUCCGCCUCAACGUCGCCGACGCCGUGUGGCAGGGCGGAGUGAACGCCCCUCUGUCCGCCGCCGAGAUCCUCUCCCGCCUCCCUCCCUGUACCUUUUCUUCCUCCGCCAGUGAUCCGGAGAACCUCCAGCGGAUUCUCCGAUUGCUCUCCUCAUACGGUGUGUUCGACGAGCAUAUUGUCGCUGCCGCCGGUGGUGGCGGAGAGAGGAAGUACUCGUUGACGGAGGUCGGGAGGACUCUCGUCACGGAUGCCGACGGGCUCUCCUACGGGUCGUACGUCCUCCAGCACCACCAGGGCGCGCUGAUGAGGGCGUGGCCGCUGGUGCACGAGGCGGUGGUGGACCCCACGACGGAGCCGUUCGCCAAAGCCAACGGCGAGCCGGCGUACAGCUACUACGGGAAGCAGCCGGAGAUGAACGAGCUGAUGCAGAAGGCCAUGUCCGGCGUCUCCGUGCCGUUCAUGAGGUCCAUGCUCGACGGCGGCUACGACGGGUUCGACGGCGUCAGGAGGCUGGUCGACGUCGGCGGGAGCGGCGGGGAUUGCCUGCGGAUGAUCCUACGCAAGCAUCCCAACGUCCUCGAAGCGAUCAACUUCGAUCUCCCCGAAGUCGUGGCCAAAGCGCCAGCGAUUCCCGGAGUGACUCAUGUUGGUGGCGACAUGUUCAAGUCCAUACCUAAUGGUGAUGCCAUCUUCAUGAAGUGGAUUCUGACGACGUGGACCGACGAGGAAUGCAAGGCGAUCAUGUCGAACUGCUACAAGGCCCUGCCGGAAGGAGGGAAGCUGAUAGCCUGCGAGCCGAUGCUGCCCAAGGAUUCCGACGACAGUCACCGGACGAGAGCUCUGUUGGAAGGGGACAUAUUCGUGAUGACGAUCUACAGGGCCAAAGGCAAGCACAGGACCGAGGAAGAGUUCAAGCAGCUUGGCUUGGCCGUUGGGUUCUCCAAUUUCAGGGCGUUGCACUCUGUGGAUUACUUUCACACCGUGUUAGAGUUCCAGAAAUAAUAGUAUAGUUGGUUUGCUGGGAGGUGGUUGCUGGUGAAUAUUAUGAGAGCUCUGUUUUCGUAGUUGAAAUUGGUAACUCAAUUAUGUUAUCUCUCGGUUGUUUAUCAACACUAGUUCAUGAUAUUAAUAUUGCAAAAGAGUAAAAAUCUAUUUUGAACCAAUCUCAAUUGAUCACUAUUAGAGGUCGCGCGGGCUGAUCACG